AUGGAAACAUUGGUAAAUGAAAGAGAGAUUAAUAUAAAGAAUGAAAAUGGAAAUGAAAAUAAUAAAGAAAUAAUGAUAGGUAUGUCACAUAUGAAUCAUGAUGAUCAAGAUAUAAUCUAUGAUAAGAAAGAUGAUAUAGAAAGUCUUCGUUUACAUUAUACUGAUCAAGAAAAAUUAGAUGUACCAUCCCUUGUUGAGAUAUGUAAGCAACAAUUGAUUGUAAUAUUAAAAGAUAUGUGUUCAGAUUGUAAUACAACAGAUGAAAAGACAUCAUUCUUAUAUCAUUUAAAUAGAUUAAGGAGUGCUGUAACGGUUGUAGAUUUACAUAAUUAUAUAGCAGUUUUUGGUCCAUGCUUAAGUUAUAAUAAAUUACCAUCUACAUGGAACAUAUCUGUAUGUGAUUAUUUAAAGCAGCAAUUAAAUAUAUUAAGAGCAGCUGAUUCUCAACAGAAUGCUAACAAUAAUAAUAAUAAUAGUAAUAAUAAUAAUAAUAAUAAUAGUAACAAUAAUAAUAAUAAUAAUUAUUUAAAUUAUUAUGAUAUAAAUAAUGAAUAUGAUGAAAUUAUGAGUGAUAAGAAAUUUCUUGGAAUAAAUAAUUUUACACAUAUUACCUUACCAAAUCAUGGCAAUGUUAAUUAUAAUAAUAUGAAUAAUCAAGGAACUACAACAAAUAAUAGCAAUACAAAUCCUAGUACUUCUCAUAGUACAAUAAAAGGUAAUUCUCAUAUAAAUAAUACAAACAAUGCAAUGAAUUAUUCUUAUUCUGAUCAAGAUAAUGUUGUAGAUGAUUAUUAUGAUUGUUUGAUGAGAACAAAAUUAACAGAAGAAACACCUAAUUCUUUAAAAUACAUGUUAAAUUUAAAAAACGAAACCUUAAGUAAUGCUGAAUUUGAAAGUGUACUUUCUUAUUUAAAAAAAUAUGAAAUGAAAUCAUCUAAGGGUCACAACAAAAAUAAUUUGGACGAUGAUAAUGCUAUGAUGAAAUAUAACAACAAUAAUAAUAAUAACAACAAUAAUAAUAAUAACAAUAAUAAUAACAACAACAAUAAUAAUAAUAAUAUUAGUAAUAGUAAUAGUAAAGAUUGUGAUGAGUAUGAUUUUCAAGAAGAAUAUUUAAAAGACAAAGCAUUAUACGAUUCAGAUAUGGACGAUAAUCCAAAUCAACAUCAUACUAAUCAACAUCAUGCAAAUGUGCAUCAUCAAAAACAUCAUCUCAAACAACUUAUUGAUCAUAACAAUAUUAUAAAUAAUAAUCGAAAUAAUAAUGAUAAUAAUAAUAUCAUUAAUAAUAAUAAUAAUAACACUUAUUUAAUAAAUAAUAUGGAUAAUAAUAAUAUAGACGGAAACAAUAACAACAACAAUAAUAAUAAUAAUAAUAUAAAUAAUCAAUCUCAUUUAAUGCAUAAUAAUAUGAAUAAUAAUAAUAAUAAUAAUAAUAGUACACUUAUCAAUAGAAAUCUUUCUAUUAAAUCUGAAAGAAUGAAGAAAGGUGAUGUAGGAGGUACUACUACAUGGACAAAAUCCACCACAGAAGGACAUCCAGAAUACUUACCCAGAAUACCAGGAGUCCGUUUCAAUCCGAAAAAGCAACAAUGGCUAGCUGCUUGGAAUGAUAAUACCAGAGAAAUAAGAAGAUAUUUUUCUGUUAAGCAAUAUGGAUUUGAACAAGCUCGUAUUUUAGCUGUUAAAGCAAGACAGGAAGCUGAAAAGGCUGGUGCUAGAUGUAAACCUAUGUUCCAUGUACAUGGUAGUAGAAAAGCGGUAGAUGCAGCUAUAUCAAAUGAUUUGUUACGAAGUGAAAUGGAAGAAAACUUUAACAGCAUGCACAUGAAUCAUACCAAUAAUAAUAAUAAUAAUAAUAAUCAACAACAACAUCAUCAUCAACAGCAUCAAAAUAAUAAUAGUAAUAUGCAUCAUAAUAAUCACCAUAUGCAUAAUAUGAAUAUUAACAUGAACCAUAACAACCUAAGUCAUAAUAUGAGUCAUAACAUGAAUCAAAAUUAUAAUAACAAUAAUAAUAAUAUGUAUAUAAAUAAUAACAUUAAUAAUAAUAAUAAUAAUAUUGGAAAUGAUGUUAUACAUAGAAAAGAAACUAUUAAAGUGGAAAAUAAAGGUGUUAAAAGAGGUAGAGGUCGACCACCAAAAAGAAAACUGAGUGAAGAAUCACAAAUGUCAUUAGAUGAUAUGGAACAAACAUUAUGUAGAAAUAAUAAUGAUAGUAUGGAAUUAUUAGAAUGUAUGGAAGCAUAUGAUAAAGAUUGUUCUAGGCCUAUGAAAGGUGUUUCUUACAAUGAUAGAAAGGGUUCAUGGUUAGCUUAUUGGUCAAUUGGAAAAAAUUUCCAGAUGAGAAGAUUUCCUAUUAAAAAGUUAGGGUUUGAAAAAGCUAAAGAGCUAGCUAUUCAAUGUAGAUUAGAAGCAGAACAAGCUGGUGCAACAACUACAGAAAAUAGAACAAAACGUAUGAGAAAUUUAUUAACACUUAAUUCUGAAAAUGGAUUAGAAAUGAUGAUAGAUCAAAAUUCAAUAGAUAAUGACGAUAGUAGUGUAGUACAUCAACAUAUGAAAGAAAAGGUUGGUGGGAUGAAUGGAAAUUUACGUAUGUCACGCAUGCAAAAUUAUUCAGGUGCAGGAAUGAGUGGACAAAAUGUACAUCAAACAAAUAAAUUACCUAAUAGUGAUGCAGGUCAAGAUAGUGAAAAUGAAUUUUCACCAACCAAAAGGACAAGAGCACCACGAGGAAGAAGAAUGGAAAGUUUGACUGCUCGAGCUAGCGCAUUAACACCUGUUGAAGGUGUUCGUUUUGAUCCUUAUUCUUAUUCUUGGUUUGCUAAAUAUUUAGAAAAUGAAAAUUCUAAAGAACCUAAGAUUUCUAAGUAUUUAUUGAAAAAAUGGGGUUUCAAUAAAGCCCAUAGUUUGGCUGUUCAUACUGUAAAAUGUGCAUAUAAGGCAGUUCCUUUUACAGAUGAGGAAUUGGUAAAUAUAUUUAAUGUUGAUGUGAAUAAUUUAAUAAAUAAUCAGAAUAAUAUGAUUAACUUGGGAUUCCACGAUGGAUAUGGAACUAAUCAACUUAUGAAUAAUCAGAUGAUAAAUCAGAUGAAGAGUCAGUUGAAUAAUCAGAUGAACAAUCAGAUGGCAAAUCAGAUGACUAAUCAGAUGACAAAUCAGAUGACUAAUCAGAUGACAAAUCAGAUGGCAAAUCAAAUGACUAAUCAGAUGACAAAUCAGAUGACUAAUCAGAUGACUAAUCAGAUGACUAAUCAGAUGACAAAUCAAAUGAACAAUCAGAUGAACAAUCAAAUGAACAAUCAGAUGAAAAAUCAGGUGAAUAGCCAUAUGAAUGGAAAUAUGUUUAAUGCAAAUAAUAGCAAUGGUACUAAUAUGAUUGGAAAUAUAAACAUGAUAAAUAAUAUGGUUAAUAACAAUAUGGAUAAUAGUGUGAAUAAUAAUUAUAAUAAUAAUUAUCAAGGAGGUGGAAAUAAUGGAAUGACCAAUAUGACAAGUGGUGUUAUGAAUAAUAAUAGUGGUGAGAUAGAUAUGGAUGAUAAUGACAAUUUAGAGAAUAACGACAAUGAAAAUAUGAUGACACUUGAGAAGGAAGAUAGUAUAAUAACAACAACAACAGCAACUAAUAUAAAUAGUUGUAAUAAUAAUAGUAAUAAUACAAAUGUGUUAUUAAAUAGGUUAGUGAUGUCUAACGGCUUGAAUGGCACUACAAAAUUGAAUAUCAUAAAUAAUUACAAUAAUAAUAGUAGUAGUGGUGGUGUUAAUGUUAAUAUGAAUAAUGUGCAUAAUAAUGAUAAUAUGAAUACUUAUAACAAUAAUAAUAAUAAUAUUUUAAAUGAUGGUAUUAAUAUGGUUGGAAAUAACGAGAAUAUGAUUCAUAAGAAAAAUGUGAUCAAUCGUAUAAAUAAUGAUAUGGAAGAAAAUUUAGGAAAUAUAAAUAAUAAUAAUAAUAAUAAUAAUAAUAUCAAUAACAACAACAACAGCAACAAUAAUAAUAAUAAUAAUAGUUUGAGUGGUUUUAUGAAUGAGCAUAAUAUAACAAACAAUUGUGGUAUAUAUGGGAGCAAUGAAGCUAUAAAUAAUAAUGGACUUCUUGAUGAAGGACGUCUUAAUUUAAUUCAUGCAGCAGGGAAACAAGUUGAUAAAAAUAAUAUGCAGAACGGUUCAACAAAUGUAGUUAAUAUACUAAAUAAUGAUGAGAGUUAUAUGAAGAAUAAUAUGAAUUAUAUAAAUAUAGAUAAUAUGAAAAAUAAUGAAAAUAAUAUAGUUGAUAAUAAUCAUAAUAAUAUUGUAGAAAUGAAUAAUCUAUCAGUUCAAAAUAAUAUUUUAAAUAAUAAUGAUGAUCAUCAUAUAAUAAAUAACACAGAAGAUGUUAUGUCUACAAAUAAUAAAGAUAAUUCUGGAUUAAACGGUCAAAGUACUAUGCUUAUAAAUAGUAAUGAAGAAAAUGAUGACACAGGAUUAGAUACUAUUAUUCAAGCACCUAUGGAAAAAAGAAAUUAUGUUAAUAUCAUAAUAAAUGAACAAGGAACAGCUGAUAACAAUUCAAAUAUAGACAGUAGUAAUAAUAGUUAUUCAAAUAAUGUAUAUACUAAAAAUAUAAAUAGUAAUUAUAAUGCAUAUAGUAAUGAAAAUUCAAACACUACAACGAAUGAACAAAAUGAUUCUUCUAUGUAUUAUAUGAAUGUAAAUUCAGAAAUACAAACAGAACAUUUAUAA